CAAAGCUUGCUGAAGAAUGAGCAAAAUCAAGAAGAAAUGGUACUUCACUUCCUUCUGGAUCUCUCUAGUCAGUGUGGUGUCUCAUUUCCCUGUACUCCAAGUGGGAUGUCGUUUGAGUUAACGUCUUCCCUUCAUGCCAUUGAGGAUGAUUCAGCUAUGGAUGUGAAAUCACUUUGGGAUGAUGUGAGAUUGCAUCUUCGACAGUUUUUGGUAAAUAGACUGCAAAGUCAAGAAGAAACAAAUACUAAUCCUCUGCAACAACAAAUGGAGUUUAAAACUCAGUGUGUACAGCAACUUUUGUUUCUUUAUCCUGAAUCAGAAGUCUUAACAAAGUAUCAAAAUAUGCAGAAUAAAGUGGUCAGUGAUCUUCUACAGAACUGUAUUUUGUCUAGUUGUGGUGAAACGAAUUUUGAUAAGGUGGUUCAUGGUUACCAAAGUUCCAUGCCCACAUUGUGCACAAUGAUAAGAGAGGAUUUGUAUGUACUAAGUGGAACUAUUGAUCUUUCUUCAUCAUUGAAGUUUAUUAAUGAAACUUACCUGGAUACCAUCACUGAAGAAAUGACAGUUCUUCUUGAAAGACUUUGUGAGCUGCAAUUCAAAGAAAAUGCUCUACAUAUAGUUAAAGCAAACAAGAUUUCAAAGAAGCAUAGAGGAACAGCUCACACUGUGGGCUCCCAAGAAUACCACAAAAAAGGAAGAAACUUCUGUUUGACAUUGUAUCAACUCAAAUGUCUUUCUCAACUUAUCAAACUCUUUCUAUUAAUGGAAGGAAAAAUUGAAGAGCUAUCUGCAGAAAUUCUGCUGGUGCCUUCAUUUAUGGAGAGGAAUAAGAAUGUUCAAGGAGUUCUGAAGAAGGCUAGUGGGAAGCUUUUAAUAGGAGAACCUAGAGCAAACGAAACCAGCGUGCUUCCUGAACAGUUACUUCAGGUAGAAGAGCCUAUUUUACUGAAUUUUGGCUGGAGAAAUGCUUUUGAAGACCUGUCUUCUUCUGUGGCUCACUGUAUAACAAUAGCAAUCGAGGAUUUUUCAACUAAAAUUCUUCAGCAUGAGCAGAAAGAAGAGUCUUCAGCUGCAGGCUGUGCAAUGAGUCUUGUAAACAACCAGCAAAUGAGGGAGUCCUGUGGAGCAGUCCAACAGGAGGAGCAGCCAAAGCAAAUUGCCAAGUUUUGUUCUGACAUCAUGGAGGAACUGGACACGUUGCUUCCAUUGGCUCUGGCAUGCAGAGAUGAUUCUCUUCAGGAAAUUAGAGCAAACUUUGUAGAGGCUUGCAGCAAAGUGGCAACAGCUGUCCUGGCAAGACUAGAGGAGAAAAGCAAAGAUGUUCCCUCCAAGGCUCCCCUGCAAGUCUUGUAUGCUGCUCUUUCCACAGCCAUAUAUGUCUUUCAGCAUUUUACAAUGUACAGCAAUUUAAUGAAAGAAACAAGCAAAAAACCCCUGUUCCUAGUGCCUUUGCAACAAUAUCAGGAAUUCAUCAGUGUUCUGCAGCUUCAAGUAACAAACUACUGCAUCAGAGUUUGUGCUACAAGUAUUUUACAGGAUGCUGAGAGCCACCAUUGGGAUGACUACAAAGCUUUUUAUGAGGGAGAAAGAUGCUCAUUCUCUGUUCAGAUGUGGCAUUACUUCUGCUGUGCUCUUUAUCAUGAUCUGUGGACUAUUCUACCUCCAAAGACAGCCCAGGAUGUUCUUACAGAUGUACUAGAGCAAUCUUUGGAUAUGUUGUCCUCCAGAUAUUGUCAGGUGUGUCCCAGUUACAAAAGAACACCACAAAUCAGAAUCGAUAUUGCAGCAAUAUUGAUGUCCACUGAAGAUAUACUGUGGUCGAUUUGUAGUUCUGUACAGGAGUUUCUGAAUCCACGUGAAGACAGAGAUUUCAAGAUCUGUAGAAUACAUAGCCACUGCAAUAGUCUGAUCUCUGUGCUAGCUAUUUUAACUUCACCAUUGAAGAAUAUGUAUGAGACUCCAUCAGCCAGAGAAAUGGCAACCCAGGGUCAGCUGAAACUGCUCUUAUCCCAGCCAUACUGUAAUUUGAACUUGCUUUUGGAAACAUUGCUACAUCAUGAUUGUCUCUUAGUGAAAAUUUUGCUGAGAGGCUCAAAACAGAUAAAUAACAAAGAGCCUACUCUGAUUGAAACAAUCUUCACAGUAUUGUCUUACUGCACUUUAGCACCCAAAUCUCUUGGCAUUGCUUUUGAGACCUACAUGGAAAAAGAGCAGUUGUGGAAUCGCUUAUACAAUAUGACAGUCUCCAGUUGUGGUGAGUCAGAUCCAGAAGUUAUCAGAUGCUUGAAGUUGACUUUGAUUAAUUCAGUCAAGGGUAUAGUGAAGCAGAUAAUUUCUUUGAUGCAUUCUUGGGAGGCAACAGAAAACUAUGGAACAUACCAGCACAAGCAAAUAGUCCCUGAAAGCUUACUGAAAACGGUUCCAAAGGAAUGGAAUUACACUCCUCGGGAAAUGAAGAGAAAAGAAUCUGGGAAAUGCUUCACAAGGCUUGCAGCUCAGGCAGUAUCUAUUGUAAUCAGCAAGUUACCUACAGUGAUUGCAUGUUUGCCUCCCUCAAUUAAGUACUUCUUUUUUCUGGCUGAGAGAAAAAUGUCAAGAAACUUUGCUGAAUUGAAGAAAGCUGGUCUGCUUGUCUGGAACUUGAUUGUAAUUAUAUGUCGGAUAUUUGAGGAUGGAAAUACUGCAGAACAUUUAACAGGUGCAACACUUGACAGAUGGAGCAAAGAAAAACUGAGUUUAGUUCGUGUGUGCUUAGAAAGUAUUACGGGAAAACAGAAAAGUGGUCCUAAGCAAGUGACCCAGAAGGUUAUACAGAGCAUCGAACAGCAGAGACCAAACUGGAUUGAAAGCCAGUUACUGAAGGCAAGAAAAUUGAGCAUAGACUGUGCUGCAGUCACAGUAGAAGGUGCAACGUUAGAGGAAGGAGGUAUUGCACUUGGAUUCACUGAGCAGAAAAUACACAUGAUGGUCCUGGAUAUCUGCCACAAACCAGGUGGCAGCGAAUACCUGAAGCAAAUUUAUCACAUCAUCCGGCUCAAUGAGGAAUAUUUGAAAGAUCAGCUGUCCUGGGAGAAUUCUUCUGAAGACAGUAUUACUUCUGGUCAAUUCCUGGCUUUGACACUCAAGGACAGAGAAGAGCAGCCCGUCUUCAACCCUUUCCAGGUGUACAGACAGUCUUGUACAAAAGUACUCAAUCAGGUCACCAUUACUGAAUGGAACUGGGAUUGGUCAAACUUGCUGCCAAGUUAUUUGGGACUGAAUCAGAUGACCUUCAGGGUGCUGCUGACACACAGGUAA